CACUGCCACGUCUCUGCUGCAGCAGCAGCAGCAGGAGCAGCAGGAGCAGCGGCACACAUCGGGAUGGGCAGUGGGGGAUGAGAGGAAGAGAAAAGAUCGAGGGAGUGACGGAGGAAGCAAAUAGCAACAUCCACAAAGGCUGCAGCCCUGCCUGGCUGCAAGUCUUGCAGAAUUAAGAGGGAUCUCGUCUCGUCGCUGUCUAUUGUCUUCACCCAUGCUAAACUCAGCCACGAUGGACGAAUUCGUUACCGAGGAAGAAGAGCCUUGGUACGACCAGCGGGACUUGGAGCAAGACCUCCACCUGGCUGCAGAGCUAGGAAAGACCUUGCUGGAGAGGAACAAGGAGCUGGAGGACUCCUUGCAGCAGAUGUACAUAACCAAUGAAGAGCAAGUGCACGAAAUUGAGUACCUGUCAAAACAGCUGGAGGUCCUUCGAGAGAUGAAUGAACAGCACGCCAAAGUGUACGAGCAACUGGAUGGUACGGCGAGGGAACUCGAACACACCAACCAAACACUCUUGACUGACGGGAAAGCCUCACAGCAAAAGAUAGAGAGGUUGACCGGGACCAUUGAGACAUUACAGAACCAGGUGGAGACCCUUUCAGGCCAGGUGGAGCAGUUGCGCUCCGUGGAACAACUCCGAGUCAAAAGGGAGAAGAGGGAACGACGCAAGACCAUCCACUCCUUCCCUUGUCUGAGGGAACUUUGCACAGCACCCAGGUACGAAGACGAGUUUGUGGUGGGCAGGGCCGAAAGUUUUACUUUGGAGCCCAAGCGUCAGCCCUUCGAAGAGGAGAACAAGCACCUGAGAGAAGCCGUGUCAGCUUUGCGAACGGCUAUCCGGGCCGAGCGAGGACGCAGAGAAUGUGUGGAGAAGGAGUGCCAUCUUCUCCUUACGGACUUCUCGCGUCUGCAAACACGCGUUCAGGAUGCUGAGAGUUGCCAAGCCAGGGUGCGGGAAUUGGAGGUGGAGCUACAAGAGCUACAGCAGCUACGCCGCAGCCGGACUUUCCUUCUCGGGAACGAGGACGACGGCGUCACCUUGACCCAGACUGUCCUCAAUCGCACCCCGGAGACCGACACUUUCUUGGAGGAAGAGGUCGGCGAGACGGGAGGAGGCGUUCGGGAGGAGGCGGAGGGCGGAAGCGGCGUGAACGGGGAGGCUCUCCCCGAAUCAAACCCGGUGAGAAAAAGCUGUAGCGACACGGCACUCAACGCCAUGGUGGCGCGGGAUGCGUCUGGCCGCAGAAGAGGAAGCUACGCGCUUCACGCCAACAGCGUGAGGAAGAGAGGGAUGUCCAUCCUCAGGGAGGUGGACGAGCAGUACCACGCCUUACUGGAAAAAUACGAGGAGCUGCUGGGAAAAUGCCGACGCCACGAGGAAAGCCUUUGCCACGCCGGCGUCCAGACGUCCCGCCCCGUUUCCCGAGACCCUUCCAUGAAAGACUGCGCUAUGGGCCACGCCCCUGCUCCUCCACCCACUCCCACCCAGUCGCCGUCCACACCGGAAGCCAUGGAGAUGAUUGGCAAGCAGGUGGAGGCGGUGGAUAAGCGUCUGGGGCAGAACGCUCCAGAGUACAAGGCUCUCUUCAAGGAGAUAUUCUCUCGGAUCCAGAAGACCAAAAUGGAUAUUAAAUCAUCCAAAUCGACAAAAUCUAGCAAAUCCAGCAAAUCGGGCAAACCGAGUAAAUACUUACCGUAAGUUUUGGACUAUAAGUCGCACCCGCCAUAAAAUGCCCAAAAAAGUGAAAAAAAACCAUAUACAUGUAUAUAAGUCGCUCCGGAGUAUAAGUCACCCCCCCCCCCCCACCCAUACUAGGAAAAAAACCACACGACUUAUAGUCCGAAAAUUACGGUAGGUGUCCGCUUUUAGAGUAGCGGUAGUUUGUGCUUCCGCGCUGUGAAACGUCCAUCCUCCAUUAUUCAAAUCAAAUCCAAAAGUCCAUCUUGCUUUAGAAUACAUUUCAAAUGGGGGUAAAAAAAAAAACCUCCACCAAGGCAGAACUUUGGAUCAUAGGUCAGAAUCUUAGCGUGAUGUUUCUUACCUCAAUCACUGAGAAAAGAAAUUUUGAUAAUGCUACGCAAUUCUAAGAGCAAAAUAAUAUUAGGAAAAAUGGAAUGGCACACAAUAUAGAACACAGUCAAAUGAAAUCGAAUGAUAUUGAAGAAAUGAAAAACAGUCAGCAUGGCAGGAAAUGAGCACGACUUCCGGGUACGCCGCACGAUGUUCUCAAAAUGUAAACGAAGGCACCCUUAUAGCGCAUUCUAUAACUAUAUAACGGACAUGAAUACACAUGGAAAUAUUAGUACUACGUUAAACCAUGUUGUAUUUGAAAUAAUGGAAUCUAGGAACAUUUCUUUAAAAAUAACAUUGCUUUAUGUUCACCCUAUGGUGCUAUUUUUUUUUUUUUUUAAUGUAUGUAUGAAUAAGCUUUUAUGUUUUAUUUGUCAAUUAUGACAUCACUCUUAGUCAUGUGGAAUUCUUGUUCUUAUUGUGCAGGUUAAGCACAUUUAAUCUUUGCUUAAGUCAUCAGGCUUGCCCCAACAGGGUUGCCACAGGUCGUAACUGGCAUGGUUUGUUUUGUGCAUUUUUUUUUUUUUUUUGUGGUUUCAUCACAUCUUAUUAUGGUAUUUCAUUGAACAACCUAUUUAGUAAUUAUAGGCAUGUUGAGACCAAGGCUUUGUCCUUCACUUGCAGCCUACUUGACUGACUCUAACCGUUCCAAACGUUUUCAUGAUUAAAUGCCUUUUUGCGAUUGCUUUAUGAAUGUUUUUUUUUUUAAAGCAUUUUAAGGGUGCGCGAUGAGAAGUUGUGAAGGACAGAAUUUUUUUUCAAUAUAAAUUUCCGGGAUAAUGUCAGAGGAUAUGAAUAAAUAAGACAGAAUGACUGUGAUGUAUCAAGUGCAUUUGAAGCAAAAGCCAGUUGGAAUGCAUUGAAAGAAAUAUUACUACGAGCUUUUAUCAGUGUUUUUGUUUCAUCUUUUGCACUUGGAAUCGUUUUGUGCCUCUUUGCUUGUGGGAGAGAGUAAGUGUACCUCUGUAUAUUUAUUUUUUUACUAAUACGGUGUCAUUUCAUCGUUUACUAUUCAUUUAAUCACGCUGUAUUAUGAUUGUGACUCAUAUUUUGGAUUCAGCAACUGUCUCAACAAAAAAACUAUGAUAAUAAAGCCUUACUCUGCA